GGAAGAGAGGUGAGUAUAUAAAAGCUUUGCUGUGAGGAAUUAGGAAAUAUUCCUCGGGAGAGAAUACAGACAGAGAGAUACUUUUUCAAGACUUCUCACUCCAUAAUUUUCUUUUACGCCCCAGGAUGAGGAGCCUUCUUCAGUUUCUGGCACUCUUUGCUGCGGUCUCGGUCUGCAUCUGCUAUGAAUCUCAUGAAAGCACAGAAUCCAUUGAAGAUUUGUUUGUGCUCCCGAACCAAGCCAACUCAUUCAUCACGCCGCAGAGGGGCAACGUAUACAGCCCACCCAGAGGGAAUGGCCUCGACAAUUACAACCUCAUGAGGACGGUGAAGUCUCCAGCGGAGAGGCGUGCAGAGACCUGUGAGGACUACUCGCCCUGCCGCUUCUACGCCUAUCACCACGGCUUCCAGAAGGCCUACCAGAGAUACUUUGGCGCCCGAAAUACACCUCAGAGACCAGCCGCGACUCGCCGAUACUAGCCUCCAAGUAUCCGUCGGUCGAAUGCAGAGUUAUCUGCAAAUGAAUGUGCCCACCUUCAUUCCACAUAUUGCAACUUUUGUGUAAUUUAUGUAGUUGUUUCUGUGGCUUCUCCUGGAUGUGAAAGCCCAUGUUAUAAUCAAAGCAGCAUCCAACGUGGCUCAUAUGUGGCUCAUAUGUUACAGCAGCCCGUCAUUAUAAACACGUAUAACUUCUUGGCUCAUCUCUUGUGUAAUCUCAGGAUAACCUUUAUCCACUAUUAUCACACCUGCCCGGCAUUUAUCAGCUUGAUGGGAUGUUUUCCCCUCUAUCCACUAGCGUUUUUUCACACUAUCAGCCCGUUUAUCCAGGCCAACAGCGCUGUCAGUGAUUAUUUCCAUUGCUUUGAUUUGAAAAAAUAAAUUUUCCUUAAUUGGG